CUAUCUGUCAAAGCGCACAUGUUUACAACCGUAAAUAAUUCGACGGCAUAAAGUUCAUAUGAAUUGUAGAAAAAAUGAAUGAAGAAAUUGAAAAAUUAAAAACGCCAGUAAAAAAACCGGUGCGAUAUUUCAGCGAUGUGAGAAAAGUUGAAAGUGAAGAUGUUGAACAAAUCCAAGUAAACAAUAAAAAGAAAGCGACUUCGUUUAAAGGUGAAGUAAUACAGGUACGAGAAAAGGAAAAGUUCUAUGCAAAAUCAAAAUGGAACAAUAAACGUCCGGAAAAUGUAAAACAAUAUGGACAAAACAAGCGAAAGAAAAGUUUGGUUAAAAUUGAAGUUGAUCCAUAUGCAAAAGACCGGCACUCACGUGGCGGUAAAUCGAGUGGCGAAGGAAUAAAGACGGCACAUUUCAAAGAAAAAUUUCAACGCAAAGAGGUUUACUAUGAUUUUGCCAAUGAACAAGCCGCCAGAGCUGAAAUACUGUUGAACGAAGAAGAAGGUUUUAUUGAGCCAGAGGAUGGAGUUACCACAGCCGAAUAUACACAACAAGAAAUUGUUGCAAAUGUUGAUAUAACAGCAGCUUCAAAGCAUUUCAAUUUGAGCUUAGAUUUCGGUCCGUAUCGCAUGCGUUACACGAAAAAUGGUCGUCAUCUAUUGUUGGGCGGUCGAAAAGGUCACGUUGCUGCAUUUGAUUGGAUUACAAAGAAAAUGCACUGUGAGUUCAAUGUUAUGGAAGAAAUCACCGAUGUCACAUGGUUACAUGUGGAAACAAUGUUUGCCGUCGCACAAAAGAAUUGGGUGCAUUUUUACGAUAAUCAAGGAAUUGAAGUGCAUUGUGUGAAAGCAAUGAAUCGUAUUCGAUGCUUGGAUUUUCUACCGUAUCAUUUUUUGAUUGUAAGCGGUAGUGAUACGGGAUUUUUGUCAUGGUUGGAUGUAUCAACGGGUACAUUGGUUGCGAAUUAUCCAUCGAAAUUGGGUCCGAUUCGAAUGAUGGCUCACAAUCCAUACAAUGGUGUUACGUGUAUUGGAGAUUCAAAGGGAGUGGUUUCGAUGUGGUCACCAACGGUUGCCAAAGAACCACUGGCAAAGAUGUUGUGCCAUUCAACACCAAUGACCGCACUGGCUAUCGAUCCGAAAGGAACAUUUAUGGCAACAAGCGGUUUGGAUAGACAUGUCAAAAUCUGGGAUGUUCGUACGCUCAAAGGGCCACUUUCAGAUUUUGUUCUACGAAAUCCAGCAAAUCAACUGGCAAUUUCACAACGUGGCCUUAUUGCAUUCGGCAUGGGUAAUCAAUGUGAAAUUUAUCGUAAACCAAAUGCAGUUUCGAUUAAAGCACCAUAUAUGCGACAUCGCUGUCCAGACACCAUCGCAAAUAUGCAAUUCGUUCCAUUCGAAGAUGUUCUUGGUGUAGGAACUGGUAAAGGUUUCACAUCGUUGCUUGUGCCAGGUUCCGGCGAACCCAAUUUCGAUGCGCUCGAAGCCAAUCCAUAUCAAACUAAAUCACAACGUAAAGAGAGCGAAGUACAUAUGCUGUUGGAUAAGAUUCCGGCUGAAUUGAUUAAAUUGGAUCCAAAUGUCAUUUCACAAGUCGAUGUGCCAACGCUCAACGAAAACAUUGAAGCUAAGAAAUCAUUAUUGUAUCUCAAAGCGCCAACGGUAGAUUUCAAGCAACGCAAUAAGAUGAAAGGAAAAGGUGGUUCAGUGAAUGCGUUUAAAGCGAAGAGAAUUGUUCGUGACCAAACGAAAAAACAAUUCAUACAAAGUAUCAAAGGGGUUCGGCAGCAACUCAUCGACGAACACAAAGUCAAAACAGAAGACGACAACAAGAGUGUCGGUCGUAACGCACUCGAUAGAUUUAAGGCAAAAAAGAAAAAAUAAACAGUUAGCCGAUUUGAUUUUUUAUUUUCGAUCGUUCCAAAUAAAAAUUUAUGUAAAUAAUUAACAAA